AUGGACACUCCACGUGCACUUGCUCAUCCCCUUCGUCGGGUUAUCGUCAUAGCCUUUGGUCCAGCAUUACUAUUGAAUAUCAUUGAAGCUGCUGUGGUUGGCUCUGGACUCCCCUUGAUCGGAGUCCUCGCCCAUCUUGCUUCCACUAUUAUCUGCAUUGCGUAUUUGCGACUCGGAAAGCGAGGAGGUGAACAAGAAGGCGCCAUACGUCUUGGACCCUCACCUGAUAAACCUGGCAUGUUUUUUCGUCGAUCAUGGUUCCUAUUCGCUCUCGAUGCAAUCUUGGCGGCCAUAUUUUUCCCAAUUCUCGUUCUCAGAUGGGUCUGGGUCCCGAGAUAUGCUGGCCAGGCCGUCUUAGCCACAUAUGCCGAGAUCCCUCUGCUUCUUGCACUGGCCUGUCACGCUUACCUUUGUCUGUUGACAUUGCAAGACCUCCUCGGGCUACGCCAUUUCGCCCAACUUUUUACUCACAAGCCUUGCCCGUGCUGUCAAAAUUCUCAGCGCCCGAUUCCUUCCACCAUGGGGUCGGGUUUCAAUUCUCAACAUCAAGAUUUCGGCUCCCAAGCCCCUGGCAUCGGUGCUGACCCUCGCGUCGCAAUCUAUCGCGACUCGGCCGAAAACGAGACUGGAGAGUCGGCCGACAGGGAGAUAUACGCCACAGACAAUAGAAGCUCGCACAAUCCCAAGUAUGACAAGGAAGUUGGCCUGGGUAUUGCGUAG